AUGCCAGCAGCGGAUCUCAAACCGACAAAUACCAUCUCACCCUCUCCUAGAACUAAUCUAAUCGUCAUUCGUGAUGGUCGAAUUGUUGAACUCACCGAACAGCAACAAAAAGACCUCAAUUUGAUCCUCAGUGCAAUGGGCGCUCAAAAUGUGGAACCAUCAAACCGAAGGAGAGCUCCAGUUCGUCGAGAAAGAACACCAAAUCAACGAUUCGGACAACGACAGCCAUUCAGGAAGUUGCAUGCAUGA